GUUGUGUUUCGCAGCUUUUGGUGAUGGAGAGGGCCAGCAGGGAAAAGUGUGCGCAAUCCUUUCCGAGAAGCCGUGACGUUGGGCUGUGGAGGUAGGGUAAUGGGGGACACCCGGACACCACAACACCUGGACACCACACACCCGGACAUUAGUGAAAACAUACACCCGCACACCGAAACACCCGCACACACAUCAACAUGGCACCCAACUUAGUGGGGGUUAGGCACAUAUCGCACACACGCUUCAAAGAACACAGCGCAAUAGAUCACUCUCUUGCUCAAUUGAACCCCAGAUGGCUUCAUUCGUCACGGAAUUCUUCAAUUGGUUGAACUACCCGCAAUGGGUGUACUGGCUAAUCGGGAUCUACCUUCUAUUGCCGACGAUUUACCUCAUCGUGCCCUUCAUCUAUGGGAAGAGAUCUCAGCACCCAAGAGUGGUUAUAUGUGUUCUCGGUGAUCUGGGCCACUCGCCAAGGAUGUGCUACCAUGCUAGAAGCUUCAGUGCUAAGGGAUAUGACGUUGAUCUGUGUGGGUACUUGGAGGAGCUGCCACCUGCUGAUAUCAUGGACGAUGAAGACAUCACGAUCCAUGCGAUUCCAACGGUGAAGAACACCGGUGGGAACUAUCUUGUGUUCAUCGUACGCAAGGUGGCUAAACAGCUCUUUGCCCUGGCUUUGCUACUGUGGGAACUACGGGGUGCACAGUAUAUAAUGGUCCAAACACCACCGGGGAUCCCAAUCUUGCUGUUAGCAGUGCUGUACAAGCUCUUGUUCGGGUCCAAGCUCAUAAUCGACUGGCAUAACUUGGGUUAUAGCAUCCUGGCUCUGAGAUUGGGUGACACUCAUCUCCUCGUCAGGCUGAAUAAGCUCUAUGACCACGUUCUCGCCAGGUUUGCCGAUAUAAACUUGACUGUGACACAGAGGAUGAAGCAGUUCCUGGUUGAUGAGUUUGGCGUGAACAAGUCCAAGAUCGUGGUGUUAUACGAUAAGGCUGCUUCCCAAUUCAAGCCAAUUGUGGACCCACAGGAGAAGCUCAAGGUCAUAUCAAGCCACGGGGAACUGUUCAAAAACUUCUCUCCUUCGAGCGACAAGAUCAUCGUGUCUUCCACCAGCUUUACCCCGGACGAGGACUUCAACGUUCUUGUUGAAGCAUUGGUGAAGUACGACACCUUGCACGACGACAACUUGCCAAAGCUGAAAGUGAUUAUCACUGGUAAAGGUCCACUAAAGGAACAGUUCCUCAAGGCCAUUGAGGCCGCUAAUUUACAGAAAAGCGAUGUUCAAUGUGCAUGGCUAGCAGCAGAGGAGUAUCCAAAGAUCUUAGCAAUUGCAGACAUAGGAAUCUCAUUGCACACCUCGAGCAGUGGGAUAGACCUUCCUAUGAAAGUGGUUGAUAUGUUUGGAUGUGGAGUGCCUGUUCUUGCGCUAGAAUUUGAUGCUCUGCCCGAGCUUGUUGAUGAUGGCAUCAAUGGCAUGAGAGUACUCGAUGCUAGACAGAUUGUGGAAUCCUUCAUCUAUCUCUUCCUACAGCCGUCGAACUACGAAGUGAUCAAGAAGGGAGCAAUGGAGAAGAGCAAGCAACGGUGGGAAACCAACUGGAAAGCUCAAUUUGGUGAUUUGUUACAUCCAUGAUCGGCUUGUGAAUUGAUUCGCCAACACAUCUAUAUAGUCCGGGGUAUUCUCGUCAAUCAUAUUGUGACCUUUAUCGUUCCAAAACUCGUACUCCUCCUCCUCUUCACUGUGGGUCUUCUGUAGCUGAGCCAUCAGUGAGUCCGGUAGGAUGUCAAACUCAGUAGAGGCCUGUAAUGCCACGGAAGUAAUAUAUGUCCAACAUCGGGCCACCUGAGAGUGGUUGUAUCCACCACCUCCAAGUAGCAAUGACGGCAGCUCCAAGUCCAGCAGCUUCAC